ACCAUAUAUGGCGUUCUUGACCUACGUGAGCGCUACUAUUAUGUUAAUGAUAUUAUAAUUUCCAGCUGUAUUCAGUAGUAGUUGUAAGGCAUGCGCGGUGCCUCCGUAAGAAAAUAGAGACGAUUAAAAGUUCUAUCUUUGUUCUGUGCUAUUGUGAUCAUUCAAAAGGAGCUCUAAGAUGUUCGGGUUUUACAAGACCAAGAUAUAUCGCAGCAAUGAGGGCUGUUGCAUUUGCAAAACAAAGUCAUCCAGCUCAAGAUUCACAGACAGUAGCAGAUAUGAGGAGACGUUCCGACUCUGCUUUGGAUUAUCUGAAGACCGUGUGGGAGAUAUCUGCAAUGCCUGUGUCCUGUUGGUAAAAAGAUGGAAAAAGCUGCCUCAUGGAUCAAAGAAGAACUGGAAGCAUGUUGUGGAUGCAAGAGCAGGACCUGGAUAUAAGCCACCCAAGCCCAAGAAGAUAAAGAGUGCCGAGGGAAAAGCUAAAGCCAGACUGAACAGGCUUCAUCAGCUUGGCAGACAGAACUCUGAUGCUCACAGCACAUGCAGCACCUCGCCGUCUCAGUCACCGAGUUACAGCAACCACUCAGAUGACGGGUCAGACGUGGAGUCCAAGCGCAGACGUGCUACUCCUUCUGUGUUCUCUUUUCUGGACCUUUCAUAUUGGAAAAGGCAGAAAGUGUGCUGUGGUAUCGUAUACAAGGGCCGUUUUGGUGAGGUCAUGAUUGACCCGCGCCUCUUCAAGCCCUGCUGCCGCUCCAAGCAGCAGAAAACGUUUGCACCAGAGCUGGAGGUGGGUGUCGCUGAGGCAUUCUUGCCAGUCGGGGACGUCGCAGACGUACCAUCCUCUACUCUUGGGGAGGGUCAGACGGAGACCCGGUGAUCAACUUUGCGUUGUUUCCCUAUGUGCCUCGAGUUUUGUCUCCAGUGGAAGACUUCACCUUCUGUGAGGCACACUUUAUUUUGUUGAAUUCAAUGCCUUUAGUUUCAGUUGUAUUGGUCGUAUUGUUUUUUGUAAUAAAUGUCAUAUUUUUUGAUUUUUCUUAAGAAAAAAAAAAAAGAAAAAAAAACAGUUGGGCAUUAGCAACUAUUUAUAGGAAUAGUUUUCCUGAUAUACCUACAAAAGGGAAUUAUCUAUUUCAUUUGGACUAUAAAGAGUCUCUAUACUGUACUUAAUGUAAGCCAGAUAAUUGGUUGUCUUCUUUAGAUUUUGUCUUUGUGUGUGUGUUAAAGCACAGAACAAAGCACAUUUUCCUCAUGAAAUUUAUAGACUGUAACCUGAUUUUCCUGCGCAGCUAUAGGGGAUAUACUUUCAAGGGAUUUGUUUCUUUUUUUUUAUAUACAUUGGAAAAUGACAGGUCUCAGGGUGGUUUUGAAAACCGUCGCUUUAGUGUGGGUAAUUUAACAGAAAAGAGCGGUUGUAUCAUAUAUAUAUGAUCUCAAAAGCAUAUGCAGCAUGUAGAAAUAAAAUACAAUCAUGCUCCACCCAUGUGUUAUAGGGCAUGUUGUGAAAAGAUCUAUGUGGUAUUACAGGAUUGUGUAGUGAGGGGCUAUUUUUUUAAGACAGCAUUUUGACUCUACUGACGAUGUUUUCUGUUCUUCUGGAGUUUCAGUUCGACUUUUUUUCUUUUCUUUUAUGUUAUUUAUCAUGCUUUUUAAAUGAUGUAUGAGAUCACUGACCAAAUGACAUCACCAACUCUUAAAUAUUUUUUUUACAUAUGAAUAAUGAUUUGCUGACAUUAAUUUAUCAUUUGUGUGUAGAAGCUCAGGUGGUCCUUGUGAGCUCAAGGUAUAAAUGGUUUAAAUACGUAAAAUGUAAAGCUCAACAAAGACUUCAUGACACUGCCUCCAACUCAGACCCACAGUUAGACCUCUGCACUCUGUUCCUCAGGACUUUGUUAUUUAUGCAGACCUGUUGAAUGUGUGAAUGAUCCUUUGUCUUGUCACAGUUACUGCAAAUGUAGAUGUAGCUGUGGUCCAUUUGAGACCCAAGGAGCUGGAUAUUGCUCCGCCAGAAUAAAGAUGUACUCACCAUAACACUAAAAGUCCUCUCGUCAGUGUUUGUAAAGACGUUUGGAUUGUUUUUCCAGAACAAAUAAAAAGAUGGCUUGUGUUAAUACACAUCCCACCUACAUAGUUGAAAAGUUCAGAAUCAGGUGUCCAUCAAACAUUUGCAGGUCCUACAUAAAGAGUAGCCUAGGUUAGAGGUUCAGUACCACAUUUUCAGUACACCAAAUUUGUUUUCGGAUGUUGAAUCCUCACGUGUAAUUUAUUUUAUUUAUUUUCAAACCAUUUUGUACAUACCCGAUGCUGUUCAUUACCUCUUCCUAUAGUGCACUUUUGUGGAUCUUUAAAUGACCAAUGUCCAAGCGGAUACUAUUUUUUUAUACCUUACCUACACCUUUGUAUUUUAAUAAACAGAAGUAUUUGCA